AUGGCCUGCUUACCUCCCGUUCCUGUACUUUCGCUGCUAGCAAACCCCAACUCUAACCGAAAUACACCUGAAACCCUAACCCUAACGACCACCGAGCAAUGGCUCGUCUCCUCCCUAAGCUCCUCACCCACGGCCGUCGACCUCGGCGCCCUCCACGCCCUCUCCCUCAAGACUGGCCUCUGCCGCCGAGACACAGUCCUCUCCCAUCUCCUCCUCCACUCCCCCUCACCCUCCUCCUCUCUUCUCCUCCUCCGCUCCCUCUGCUCUCCGCCCGACUCCCCGUUCCCCUUCAACUCCCUCCUCUCCUUUCUCUCCCGCUCCAGCUUCCACCUUCAUACCCUCGAAGCCUACUCCAUCCUCCGGUCCCUUUCCGUCCCCAUCGACCCCUCCACACUCCCGCCACUUCUCCGCUCCGCCACAUUGACGUCCUGUAUUGCAGCUGGUUUCGAUGCCCAUGCCCUCGCCUUCAAGACAGGGCUCACUGACCGCCUCCCAAUUGCCACUGCUCUCAUUCGCUUCUACUUCUCUCUCGGCCGCCCCGCUCUCUCGCGCUGCAUCUUUGAUCGAUGCCGCGAUCGUGAUUCUGUUCUUUGGAAUACAACAAUUGUGGGGUUUAUUCGCUGCCAUGAGUUUGAUCUUGCACGACAACUGUUUGAUGAAAUGCCCCCGAUUGAUCAGAAUAUUGCCUCAUGGAAUAGUAUGGUUGAUAUGUACUGCAACAAGAUGGGGGACGUGGAGAUGGCAAGGAAGGUGUUUGAUAAAAUGCCGAAGAGGGAUGUUGUCUCUUGGAAUGCCAUGAUAUCAGGGUAUGCAAGGGUUAGUGACUGUAAUUCUGCAAGGGAGCUAUUUGAUAAAAUGCCGGAGAGAGAUGUACUCUCUUGGAAUGCCCUCAUUGCUUGCUAUGUCCACAAUGGAUUCUUUGCAGAAGCUCUUCAACUGUUUAGAGAAAUGCAGGGGUUUGACGAGGUUAUGCCUAAUAAGGUUACAGUGACUUCCGUGUUACCGGCCUGCGGCCAUCUAGGUGCUCUGGAUCUUGGCAGAUGGAUUCAUGGCUACAUCAAGAUGCAAUGCAUUGCCAUUGACCUACAGAUGAGCACCGCCCUCAUCGACAUGUAUGGGCGAUGUGGCUGCAUCGAGGAUGCCCGGAAAGUGUUCAACCAAGCAAGGAAGAAGGAUACAUUCUUAUUCACUACAAUGAUUGAGGUCCUUUCAAUGCAUGGGAUGGCUGAUGAAGUGUUUAGUGUCUUCAAUUACAUGAUAAAUGAAGGAAUCGAGCCAAAUGAUAUCACCAUGGUUGGGCUCCUGAAGGCUUGUGCUCAUCAGGGGUUGGUGGAGGAAGGGCUCAGAUGGUUUAACACCAUGGAAGAAGAGUUAGGAUUGAGUCCUAAGCUGGAGCAUUAUGGUUGCAUUGUUGACUUGAUUGGCAGGGCAGGGAAGCUGAAUGAUGCAUAUGAGCUGAUUCUGAACAUGCCAAUGGAACCAUCUCCUGUGCUAUGGUCAUCAUUGCUCAAUGCUUGUAAAAUUCAUGGGGAUGUUGAGCUCGCGGAGAAGGCGGGUCGCCAUCUCAUUGAGUUGGAGCCUGAGAGCGGCGGAAACUAUGUGCUAAUGUCGAACAUAUACUUGAUGAAGAGGCGAUGGAAGGAUGCAGAUAGCAUGAGGAAUCUGAUGAAGGAAAAGGAGAUUGCUAAGAAGCCUGGAUGCAGUUCAAUUGAAGUGAGAAAUCGGAUUUACGAGUUCUUCGCCGGGGAUCGAAAUCAUCCUCAAUGUAGGGAGAUUUAUGAGAUGCUGGAUAGGGUCGCAGCGCGACUAAGGUACAAACCAUGGAGAAGCUUGGACUUGCUUGAGGAAGGGGGAGACAUGAAGCAUAAGCAUGCGCUAAUUCAUCACAGUGAGAAGCUGGCUCUGGCUUUCGGCCUGAUAAGCACAGAGGAAGGAACAGCUAUUAGGAUAAUUAAGAAUUUAAGGAUUUGUGAGGAUUGUCAUUUGUUUAUGAAGUUAGCUUCGGCAUGCUUUGGCAGGAAGGUGAUAGUGAGGGAUUGUCACAGGUUUCAUCACUUCAUAGAUGGUUCCUGCUCUUGUUCUGAUUAUUGGUGA